AUGCUCGAAGACGUCUUUCCAAAGGCUCCGCAGCCUCUGGAUGUCUUGGCAGAGCAAGUGCAUGCAGGUGUCAACGUGCGUACUUCGACUAGCUGCCGCGACCGGGAAUCUGUUAAGCGGCCCUUCCUCUUCUCGGGAUAUUUGAGCGGGAUUUCAGAAAGAUCAGCUUCCUUCGACGACUUCCAGUACUUUCACAUGGACAUGUGCCUGUCCGAUUCCAUAGAGCAGGAAACAGCUGGCGAGGAGGAGCCCGAAGAGCCCCAGGAGGAGGAGACCCAGGCGGCCCGACGGCCUGGGAAGAAGAAGGAGGCUGCGAGCUGGGAGGCCUUCAAGGCAGAUGCUGCAGACCCAGACGGAGAUGCUGACAUGGAGGGAGCAGCGAAGGCUCCCAAGAAGCGCGGCCGGGCGGAAGGCGCCACGAAUGAGCCCCCCAUGGCUGCAGCAGUGGCGCACAGCGCUGUGCAGGCCCUGCUCGAUGCCUGGGAGGCAGAAUCAGACAGCGAGGCUUCCACGUGGAUCCAGGAGGACGGCGAGGUCCUCACGGUGCGGGCACCACCUUCCAAGCGCCUGCGUGGGACACAGGUGGGAGCUGCUGGCGCCGAAAACAAGAUCGACGCCUUGCGCCGAAGCGGACUCCGCUUCGCCGCAGACGGACGCCUGGUCGUCGAUGAUGCCGCGGAGGAGAAGGGCAAGGAUGAAGCCCCGCAGUUCACGCACGGCACCACUUCAAAGCCCAAAGCGCUGUCUCAACUGGCAGCACAGCGCAAGGCGCGCGCUGAGGCGAAAGCCCAGGCGAGAGCAGCAAGGAGGGGUGUGCACGUGAUCAAGGGCAUGGAGUCUUACAAGCCCGGUCGCAAGAGAGCCCAGGGCGACGCGAAGCGAAAGGGUGCCAAGCUGGAGCCCUUCGCCUACGUGCGCCUGAAUCCGAAGGUGACCAAGGAGAAGUUCAAGACCAAGGCAACCGAAACCUUCUCGAAGGUCAUCAAGGGAGCCAAGAAGGGAGUCCUGAAGGUCUCUGUGGACUUUUUCAGCGAAUCACUAGGAGGUGAAGAAAAAGCCCGGGGCCCCGACAGUUCUGAGUUUCGAGGAAGCAAGCGCGCCGGCAGCAGGAAAGGCAAGGCUGAAAAGGCUUCUGCCGACAAAGCGCAAAAGGGCAACAAGGCUGGCUUUCCUCCAGUGCAGAAUACAGCCGGCGGUGAUUUCUGGAUUGGCGGCUUCCUGCAGAACGCGAGGGCCUUGACGGGUCAGGUUGAGCUGAAGGACACCGAAGGUCUUGUCCUGGAUCGUUCAUCUGGCCGGCAAUUCUUGCAAUGCUUUCAAGACGGGAUCGGGAUUUCCAAGCUGGCCAUGAGAAAUUCGACGCAAGAGUGUGCAACACUCGGUCACGCUGUUGGCUUCAACCGGCAGGACUUCAUGCACAGCCUGGCGACCAAGCAUGGCAAGAAGCCGGAUGAGUACAUCACUGCACGUUCAGAACAAGACUGGGAGAAGCUUUUCGUGGCGGUGGUUCUGAGUCUCCUCACUUUUCGCGCCUUCGUGGCGCCUGCAUCCAAACGAUCGAUCUUCGAGCCUUCCAGGGCCCAAGCCACACAGGUCCUGGACCGUGUGGAGAUUCCCGACAGUUUUCCAGAUGCCAAUCCACAAGGAAUCGAGAAUCGGUACUGGCAGUGGCGAGGGCAGCGCAUUCGCUACCAGUUUGCAGGCGAGGAAAACGUGGACGGGCCCAGCGUUCUCUUGGUCCAUGGUCUGUUUGUGAAUGCAGAUCACUGGCGAAAGAAUCUUCCGGCACUCGCCAAAGCCGGCUUCCGGGUGUUUGCCAUAGACCUGCUCGGCUCUGGCUACAGUUCGAAGCCGGCGCCGUGCAGCGAAGAGGGUCGCGCUAUCAACGGCGAGAAUGGCCGAAGUUUGGAUGCGCCAUUAGUCGACCUCGUUGAUGCCUCGGGCAACGAACGCGGCCCGAUCGCAGUGCCGCAAAAGCACCCCCUGGGAUCUGUCUACAACUUUUUCACCUGGAGCGAGCAGAUUCGAGAUUUCACGAGGGAUAUCAUCGGAGCACCGGCUGGCGGUGUCACAUUGGUCACCAAUUCGAUUGGAGCCAUAUCAGGUCUCCAAGCAGCAGUUGACGAGACCGACCUUUACAACGGGGUGGCAAUUCUCAACCCCAAUUUUCGGGAGCUUCACGUGGCCGAGCAGCCUCCAUUUCUUCCUCCUAUCGUCUCAGCUGUUCAAGGGACUUUGCGAGCCUACGGACAGCCGUUGUUCGACGCUUUGGCCAACCCUGGGACGGUGGGUGAGAUCUUGAAGGAGCCAUACCAUGAUGCCUCCACCGUCACUAACGAGCUGGUGGAUGUCCUCCUCAGCCCACUCUUGACAAAAGGAUCCGCCGACGUCGUCUUCGACACCUUGUCGUAUUCAGCUGGACCUUUGCCCGAGCAGCUGUUGGCUGACAAACGCCUCUCGAACGUUCCUGUGUGGGUAUGCUGGGGCGAGGAAGAUCCAUGGACGCCGGCGCCUCGGGUCAAAUCUUUGCGACGGUUCCCGCCGGUUCAAGAUGUUGUGCCGCUUCCAGGAGUUGGUCAUUGCCCACAUGACGAAGCACCUGAAGUGGUAAACUCUUUCCUUGUUGAAUUCAUCCGGCAGUUAAGGUCAUAG